UUGAUAUUCUUUGUUGUGUAAUUUAAAAAAUGAGACGAGCGUUGAAAAACAGUAAUUUUGCUCAAGUUUUUAAUUCGAUUGGCAGAUCGGGAAAUGAAAUAAAAAAUAAAAUGGAAUAUUGUUCGAUUCCAAAUAUAUGCUGGAGUUGUAAUAAGCAAUUAAUGAAACAGAACAGUUGUUUUUGCACCGGUUGUGGCUCCCUACAAAAAGUUGGAUAUGAGGAUUACUUCAAAUUGCUCGAUGUACCCAGUACGUUUAAUUUGGAUUCCUCGACUUUAACUUCCAAUUUUCGACGACUUCAAAGUCAGCUCCACCCAGAUAAGUUCAGUCAGAAAUCGAUCGUAGAGAGGAAUAACUCGCUAGAAUGGAGUUCGCUUGUGAAUAAGGCAUACAAAACGUUGAGUUUACCGUUGGAGAGAGGGAAGUAUAUACUGCAGCAAAACGGGAUUAGAAUAUCUGAAGACAAUACAUCCGUCGAUUCUGAGUUCCUUAUGGAUAUGAUGGAGAGGAACGAACAAGUGGAGGAAGCUGUAGAACGUGCGGAUUUGGAAAACAUAGCGCGAGACUUGCGAUUAGAUAUUAAUAAUUUAUAUGAUGAGUUGAACGUAUGUUUCGCAAAUAAUAAUCUUGAAGGUGCAAAAAUAGCUGUGAUAAGGUUAAAAUAUUUAUUGAACAUAGAGGCUAUUGUAAAAGAAAAGAUGUUGAAAUACAUGUAACGUUUGGAUAAAAAACAAUGUUUGAAGUAUUUUUGGCAAAGUAUUUAACGCUAGGAUUGUAUUGUAUUUAGCUCAGUUAUAUAUUACAUGAAUAGUAUUAUCAAGUUUCUUCUACCUUCUACUAUGCAUUCUAAGAGCCCUAUGUUUCGUAUUCAUAUAUUAUAUUCGCCUUCUAAAGCACUGCCAAUUUAGGAUCUGUACGGUUUUAAUCGGA